AUGACUCUGGCAGAUGUUUUUACAGCUUGUAGAGACGGAAAGUGCAAGGAGACCCGCAUGUUAACCAGUGGGAAGAUGAGAAUCGCUCUAGGGGAAGAAUUUGAAACUCAAGACCUGGAAGAACUUCUAGGAGGUUCUGUAGACUCCACCAGGGCUGGUGGUAGCAGCUUCAGCAGUGGAAGCAGAUGCAGUCUGGGGGGAGGCUCUGCCCGGGGAUUCUGAGGAGGGGCCGGCAGCUGUGGCCUGAGUGGGGGCUCCAGCAUGGGCUUUGGAGGCAGCUUUGGAGGGGGUUUUGGUAGCUGCUCAAUAGGGGGCGGUUUGGGAGGAGCUUCAGGCUCUGGGAUUGGCUUUGGGGGUGCUAGUGGAGGCUUCUACAGCUAUGGUGGUGGUAUGGGUGGUGGUGUUGGCCAUAGGGGGCUUUUCUGUGGAGGUGAAAAGCAAACCAUGCAGAACCUCAGUGACUAGCUGGCCAAUUACCUAGACAAAGUCAGAGCCCUGGAGGAGGCUAACGCUGAUCUGGAGAACAAAAUCAAGGAGCGGUAUGACAAAUUUGGGCCUGGGUCUGGAGACGGUGGAGCUGGAAGAGAUUACAGCAAAUACCAUCCAAUCAUUGAAGACCUUAGGAAUCAGAUCCUUACUGCCACUACUGAAAAUAAAAGAAAAGAAAAUGCUGGGAUUGUUCUGCAAAUUGACAAUGCCAGACUGACUGCUGAUGACUUCAGACUGAACUACAAGAACGAGCUGCAUCUCCGGCAGACCAUGGAGGCUGACAUCAAUGUCCUGCAAAAAGUCCUGGAUGACCUGACCAUGACUCGCUCUGACUUGGAGAUGCAGACUGAGAGCCUCACAGAGGAGCUGGCCUACCUGAAGAAGAACCACCAGGAAGAAAUGAAGAGUAUGCGACGAAGCUCCGGAGGGGGUGUGACAGUAGAACUGAACCCAGGGACGGCUAAGUUACUGAAUGACAUGAGGGCACAGCAUGAGGAGCUGGCUGAGCAGAACCGCCGCAAGGCUGAAGAGCAGUUCAACGAGCAGAGCGCAUCUCUGCAGGCACAGAUCUCUACUGAUGCUGAUGCCAGGUCAGCCAGUUCCACCAGGAAUGAGAUCACAGAACUGAAACGCACUCUGCAAGCCCUGGAAAUUGAGCUGCAGUCCCAACUGGCCAUGAAAAGCUCCCUGGAAGGGACCUUGGCUGACACAGAGGCUGGCUACAUGGCACAGCUGUCACAAAUUCAGAUGCAGAUCAGCGGCCUGGAGGAGCAGAUCUGCCAGAUCCGGGGUGAGACUGAAUGCCAGAACACAGAGUAUGAGCAGCUGUUGGGCAUCAAGACCCGCCUGGAGAUGGAGAUUGAUACCUACCACUGCCUGCUUGAUGGAGAAGGAGGUGGUUCUGGUUUUGGAGGAUCUGAUUUUAGAAACUCGGGAUCAGAAACAGGGUCCAGAAACACCAGAUCCAGGGAUUCAUCCAUGUCUAGUGAUUCAAGAUCUGGAAGCUGUUCUGUCCAAGGAAGAGAUCCAAGCAAGACUAGAGUGACUAAGACCAUCGCAGAGGAGGUGGUGGAUGGCAAAGUUGUCUCAUCUCAAGUCAGCAAUGUUUCUGAGGUGAAACUUAAAUAG